GCAGCGAUCAACCCACCUGCACACAUCGUAUAAAUUCACUAUCUGCUCUGCACAGCUUUGCACUGCACACUGCUUCCUUCUGUCUUAUCACCACAGCACAGGAACAGCUGACCACAUCCAACUGGAAACCAUGCAGAAUGCCGAGGCCAGAUUCAACAAGAACAGCCUUCUCUUGACUCUGAGAAGAUACAGCUUGGCCGUCAGUGACAUGGAGCAGACCAUCCUCCUGCCCAGCCUGCUGCGAGAUGUGCCCGCCGAUGAGGUGUGGGACAGCGAUGUCGCGGAGGAGUCGUGCGGAGACCUGUACGGAAACUACCUGAUGCUCAAAACCAUCAGGAACACAGUGGAGAGUGGCCUGGUUACCCUGGACGACCACAAGGCCAAGACCAACAAGACCCUGGAAACUCUGGUGGACACAGACCCUGAAGCCCUCUUCCACUUCCACCUGAGAGGACUGUUUUCUGUGAUGAGUGACCUCACCAAGAAGUCUCGGAGCGUUACUGAGAAAUACAUGGACAUCAUCAGAGUGACAAAUUAGAAAUAAAUGUGCAUUGCCAAGACUCAGAAUUUCUCUCUCUUAAUUUGCAGACUGUAAUAAUCUCUUUUGAAAUGAUGGUGAAAGUAAUGAAUUUGAAUAAACAGGAACUUUCCAGUCA